AACUCUUUUAUCAUGCAUUACCCAUUGGUCCAGCUACCCUUGCUUAACCUAUUAAAAGAUAUUGUUUCAGUUGCUAGGGAUUGAAAGGAGCUCAGAAACAUGACCUUUGGGCGCCUGAAACAUCUUAGAAAGACUGAAAUACAUUUUGAAAUGUUGCAAGGCAUUACGACGCAGGAGGCAUCCUUUCGCUCUUCUGCAUCUCUCUCCCCAAGAGUCUCACUUCUAUGAACGGGGAGCGAAAUGGGGCAUUAUUGUCCCAAAUAAGCAUUGGCUUCCCCACAAAUAAAAUUCUCCAUCAUUUCCCAUAUUUCCAGCAUUGAAUGCAACAUUGAUGCAUUGUGCCGUCACACCCAGGCACCCUUUGGUUGAAAUUAAGAUGUGCUCCUUUCUUUGCCGGGUGGACUGCUGGGGCCUUACCUUGAAGCUCAGGAGUCCCAGCAACUAAGGCCACUCCAAAUUGAACAUCAAACAAGAUUUUUAUUUUCUCAAAGUUCUUGACAGGCUUGGCACAAUUUGUUGAGGUUACAAAUACAAACAGUCAACUUAUAAAAUCAUGCAGAUGUUUCUUUUUACCUUUCCCUUUGGCUGCUAGGUUAACUUCUUCCUAAGGUGGAUAGAACCUAAGAUGCUCUUUACCCUAAUCCUGAGUUGCUAUAUCAGAAAGAGCAGGUCUUUCCCUGUCUAAACUCAAAGCAAGCUUGGAGACAAAGUAGUUAGAGCUUCUUCCAAUGGCAGAAAAAUCCUGGGAUAUUCUCUGCCCUAGUGCUGAGUUGCUAUUUUAGAAAGCGCAGGUCUUUCCCUAUCUAAACUCAGAACUAGUUUUAAAGGCAAGAGGUUAGUACUUACGAUGGCUUGUCUGAGCUGGCCUGGCUUGACCACACAAGCACAUCUGAGUUCUUUACUCUAUUUUGCAGAAGGCAAAAAGGCUUUUUAAAAUGGAGAUUUUAUCCCCAGGAAAAAGGGGCGGCCCUCAAGAUAAAGAAUAUGCUUUUGCAAGCUGACAACAGCAAAGGCUUUGCAGGCUGGCUACAAACCUCUGUUGAUGGUUAACUAUCAGGGUGUUGCUGAGUCUGUAGCAACCCUGGAGGAAAUGCAAAAGGGUGCUAUUUCCUAUAACUAUGGGACAGUGCAAGUCAAACUCCUGGGAGACGGAACAUGCAUAAUCAUUCUUGCCGUCUUCAUCGUCCCAUAGCCACUUUGGUUGUUUCUUUCUUUGGAUCUUUAAAUUGAAGUUUGAAGUUACCAAACUGCUAAAAAUAUUGGGACUGAAGGAAAUUAGACAUCAAAGGGGCAGAAUUGAUACCCUCCUCUGUUCCCCCUCAUCCCACCAUAAAUAGGAGAAUUAUUUGCUGUUUGGGGUUAAAGUCUGCUUCAUUUCUGCAGCUAAAGCAAUUUUAUAUCAGUCCAGUUUGCAGAACGAGUGCACAGAUGAUUUCCAGUUUUUCGACAAGUUACAAGAAACCUGGCAGUUCUAUCAUGCUUUCGAUUUCUACUCGCCUAUAAAGUGUGGGUUUUUUUCCAGACACGGUGAAUUUAGUUUCCUUCUUGGCAAGGACUUGGUGGCCUCCACCUCCUCAUCCCCAUUGUCUACAAUAUAGAAAGUAGAAUGGCGGCUGCAUCAUUUGAAGACGACUGUUUGGAAGAGAAAGUAGCAGACCGCGGAGACCUGGUUGAGUUUCAUCGUGGCCUGUACAAGCAUUACGGGGUGGCCGUGGACAGCAAACACGUGGUCCACCUCACAAGUGCAGACCCAGGGCCUUUGGGCUUCAAUGUUUCAUGCAAUGGCCCAAAGGCAGAGGUGAAGAAAGAACGCAUUUCCCAAGUGGCCUGGAGAAACAGAUAUAAGAUCCUCAAGAAACAUGAGCAGGAGGAGGACUGUAGAGAUACGGAGGUGAUCGUCCUCGAUGCCGAGGACAUGGUGGGGAGGAUAACGAGCUACAACGUGUUGAAGAAGAACUGCGAGCAUUUUGCCAGAAAUCUGGUCUUUGGAGAACCAAGGUGUAAACAGGUGCAUAGACCUCUUGUGUGUCUGUCUUAGGUCCGUCUGCCAUGAGAUUUUCAAAGCAGAUAAUCCACAUUAUCUGCUUUGAACUGGAUUAUAUGAAUCUACACUGCUAUAUAAUCUAGUUCACAGUAGAUAAUCUGGAUUUUAUAUGGCUACCUACUGAUCUACUCACAUUUGCAUGUUUUUGAACUGCUAGGUUGGCAGGAGCUAGGGCUAACAAUGGGAGCUCACCCGGCUCCCCGGAUUCAAACCGCCGACCUUUCUGUCAGCAAGUUGAGCAGCUCAGCGGCAACACACUGCAAACCCUUAAAUGCAGAAA